CCAGUCUGUGGCUGAGGAAGGGUUUUGCUUUUUUAUGCUCUGUAUUGGGAAGGCAGAUAAAAUGCCAGGUCUGAACUGCCUCUGGGGAUAACCUCACCCUCUGUGAUGUGAGUGAAUAGCAUCGUGCCUGGUAAACCCACAGGAAUUGAUAAGGCAGGCGCAGUUCUUCCAAACAGGCCUUUUCUAUCUUUUGGCUCUAGCUGUGGCUUCUGUAGCAGUUUUGUUUUUGCCUUGAAAGAGGUGCUCGGGAUUAUCAGACCUCCAUGUAUGACAAUCUGUAUCUGCAUGGAAUUGAAGACUCGGAGGCUGAAGAAUAAUGUGAUGUGUUACCCAAGAUGGUGUGAACAAAGCUUCAAGCCAGUGGAGAAGACUAGGCCUAAAUAGCUGACCCGGUGAAGUGAAAAAUAAAGCCACACCUGGAGUGCCACAUCCCCAGCAGUCUUUCUCAGUGCCAAUGCAUUUAUGGCUGGUUCAGCGGAUUCCUACACGAGCAGGCCGUCGGACUCCGAUGUCUCUUUGGAAGAGGACAGGGAAGCGAUUCGGCAGGAGAGAGAGCAGCAAGCGGCUAUCCAACUUGAAAGAGCAAAGUCCAAACCCGUAGCCUUUGCUGUGAAGACGAACGUGAGUUACUGUGGUGCCCUGGACGAGGAUGUGCCUGUUCCCAGCACGGCCAUCUCCUUCGAUGCCAAGGACUUUCUGCACAUUAAAGAGAAAUAUAACAAUGAUUGGUGGAUAGGAAGGCUGGUGAAAGAGGGCUGUGAGAUUGGCUUUAUUCCAAGUCCACUUAGAUUGGAGAACAUACGGAUUCAGCAAGAACAAAAAAGAGGACGCUUUCAUGGAGGGAAAUCCAGUGGAAAUUCUUCUUCAAGUCUUGGAGAAAUGGUAUCAGGGACGUUUAGAGCAACACCCACAUCAACAGCAAAACAGAAGCAAAAAGUGACGGAACAUAUUCCUCCUUACGAUGUUGUGCCAUCCAUGCGUCCGGUGGUGUUAGUGGGGCCGUCACUGAAGGGUUAUGAGGUAACAGACAUGAUGCAGAAAGCCCUCUUUGAUUUCCUGAAGCACAGGUUUGAUGGGAGGAUAUCAAUAACGAGAGUGACAGCUGACAUUUCUCUUGCUAAGAGGUCUGUCCUAAAUAAUCCCAGCAAGAGAGCAAUAAUUGAACGUUCGAACACUCGGUCCAGCUUAGCGGAAGUACAAAGUGAAAUUGAAAGAAUCUUUGAGUUGGCAAGAUCUUUGCAACUGGUGGUUCUUGAUGCAGACACCAUCAAUCACCCAGCACAACUUAUAAAGACUUCUUUAGCACCGAUUAUUGUUCAUGUAAAAGUCUCAUCUCCAAAGGUUUUACAGCGGUUGAUUAAAUCUAGAGGAAAGUCCCAAAGUAAACACUUAAAUGUGCAACUGGUGGCAGCUGAUAAACUGGCACAGUGUCCCCCAGAAAUGUUCGAUGUUAUAUUGGAUGAAAACCAGCUGGAGGAUGCCUGUGAACACCUGGGAGAAUACCUCGAGGCGUACUGGCGUGCCACCCACACAACCAGUAGCACCCCCAUGACCCCGCUGCUUGGAAGGAAUUUGGGCUCGACAGCACUCUCACCCUACCCGACAGCCAUUUCUGGGUUACAGAGCCAGCGCACGAGGCACAGCAACCACUCCACAGAGAACUCCCCAAUUGAAAGACGAAGUUUAAUGACCUCGGAUGAAAAUUAUCACAAUGAAAGGGCUCGGAAGAGUAGGAACCGCUUGUCUUCCAGUUCCCAACAUAGCCGAGAUCAUUAUCCUCUGGUGGAAGAAGACUAUCCUGACUCAUACCAGGACACUUACAAACCCCACAGGAACCGAGGAUCUCCUGGGGGUUACAGCCAUGAUUCCCGACACAGGCUUUGAGUCUGCAGAAACAAACAAAAAAUUCAUCUGUUGACAAUUUGCCAUAGCACGGCUAGGAUAAACCAAUCAUCUUAACUUGGCAAGUACAGCGCGGUAUUUACUGUGCUUAUGGGCUGCUGUCAUUUGAUGCUAAGUAAGGGAAAAAAAAAAACAAAACCAGAAAUGUACAUUAUCCCCUUAACGCUAGAUGGAUAUUAGAUGCCCAAUCAUAUAGAUAUUUUUAAGUGCAACAUUUACAUAGUAGUUCCUUUUGUUUUCUUCAUUAGAUUUAGACACAUCAAUUUGUAAUUUAGGGUACUUAUCAAGGCACAUAUAAAAUAAUUUCCCAUGCUGGAAAUUCCAAAUGACCAGUUCCAGUUGGAACCAAUUUAUAAACCAAUUCCUGUUGGAAUUUGGGUGAAUCGACUAGAAAGUCUACUUGAGCAUGUUGCAAUCAAUUUAAAAAUCUGAAAAAAAAACCACAACCAAACACCUAAUUAACGAGAAUAUCAAAAUACUAAUAAAGGCCGAAACCAGCUAUGGUAUUUAUUUUCUGGAAGCUAAAUUUACACUUAAAGUUGGAAUGUAUACACAUUUGAAUAUAUGUUCAUGUUGUCAGAAUGGCUUUUCAAACUUACCAAAUGUAUUGAUAGUGCCAAAAAAAAAAUAGUCAAAUUAAUGCAGAAAUUAUACAGUCUCCUCAGAUUUUAAUAUUUUUCUUUCUUUCCUGACACAGCUGUUGUUUCAAAGUGUUUUGCUUUUUGUUUAGUCACUACUGUUCAUUUGAAGCUGGCAAAAAAAAAAAAAAUCUCAAAAUUUCUUUAGCAGUGAGAGAGAAGCGUAACAGGAAGUCCGUUCAUAGCUGGUUAUGUGAAAUGGAAAAUAGGAUGUUGUUUCCCCUUUAGUCAGUCUGAGCACAACUACAUACAUCCAGGAAUCUAGAAUCAGAUAGUAAACAUGGGCACAGAUCCUCCUGAGUGCAAAGCUAAACGUCUCCAGGAAGAAGUUUAUUUAUCCAACUUACCACAAACAUGGGUCCCAUAUUUCCCACUAGGCACAAUUUAGUAUCUUUCCAUUGCUUCACUCAGUCUCUGUCUUUGAACAUCUGAAUUUUCUAGCCCUUCACCAAAUUCUUUAUAAUCAUGGUAAGGAUUUUAAUUUUACAUGGACGCAUUCAACUUCGAUAUUGAAAGAUGUGUUUAUACAAAACGAUUACUUUUUGAAAAUGUGAAAACAAACGAUGGCUUUCAAAGCUUGAAAUAAAAAGUAAAGUCAUAGAUUCAGAAUAUGUUUGUUCACUAAACUUACAGCAUUUUUAUUGCAAAGAAUUAUAAAGAAUGUGGAGCUUGAGCUGCCUUAUUUCUAAUCAACACUCCUCUUCACCUAGUAUUAAGUCUUCACAAUUUUUCCAGUGGCUUAUAAUUAUGGAAUUGGUGACCUCCUCUCUUAUAUUAUCAAGGAAGCCUUAGCUUCACUAUUAACCAAGACACUAUUGAAAUUGACCCUUUUAUACAACGCACAAAUGUCUUUGGGAAAAGACUCUUGUUUCUAAAAGUCCAUAAUGCAUGCAUUUUUCUAAAGCCCCAAUAGGACCUGCAUAAAAAUCCUUUUGUACUGGUACAUGUCAUAAGACCUAUUUUUUGAAAACAAUAAGAAUUCAUUUUCUAUUAUCUUAUUUUCCCCCAGGCCUUUCAAUAUUUAGGCUCUCAAAGCAUGCAUCAGUUCAAUCAUUUUCCUUACCAUGAAAGUAAGUUUCAUAUUCUUGAUUACUGAUACAUACCUUAAACCCCAUGACGACCUCCCACAUUCCCUCCUCUCAUGUUCACAGUACAGAUCCCAUUAUGAAGCUGUUUAGCUGCUAAGGAGGGUGCCUGUAAUUAUAUAAGUUAUCUCAAAUAUGUGAUACAAUGAAAAACUAUGGGCUCAGUAAAUUCAAACAGUGAUCAUGCAAUACUGGCGUAGGACGUUAUUUGUCAUCUGGUAAAGCUUACAGAACUUUCAGUUAAGACAUUUAAAAGAGGGGUAUCCAUUAGGCACUUUAAUAAACAUAUAACCUGCCAUUACUGAAUACUUUGUUAGAGCACAGAGAGCAUUUUCCAGCAAACAAAAAUAUAUUUAUUAACAUGUACAGCACAUACUUGCAUGAGAAAGAAAACAUUAGCCAAAACAUUUUUCUAGAUGCUUUACUGGUUUCUUGUUUGUGCGCAUUAAAGUAUUUAAUUGCAAAGAGUGCACCACAGUGUACAAAUUUAGACUUAGACAGCUGUUCAGCUUUUUCUGUAGUAGCAUUAGCAAUCUGAUCAUUUAACUACUUUAAGAUACUGACAUUUUAUGGCAGGUCGCUAUAACAGCAUUGACAUAUAUUUCCUAUUCAGCAAGAUUACCAUUCUUUCAACUUUUAAAAACCACUUUUUUCUAAAGGCCUCUCAAAGCCUUGUUUCUAAGUCUUCCAUGCUGAUGAAGCGAGAGGUCCAUUCGAUAUCUGUGCACAAAACCAGUAUGUCAUUUACCAUCCAGUGUCCAUACCUGUUUUGCUUUGCAUUUUUAUUCAAAAGCUAACCAUCUUGGAAAGGGUAUAAUGUAUAUUUUCUUGAUGGAGAUAUUUAAAAUUUUACUUUGAGAUGACAUAUUCUUCUCCCUUCCUUUUGUAAUAAGUUUAUCUCCUCCAAAUAGUAGAUAAUGCAUUUUCCUUUCUUUUAAGCCUUAGAGUUUAUUGUGUAAAUGAUACUAAAAUACAGAUAUAUACUAAAUAAAAAUUUUUAUUUUUGCCAAGCACAUCAAGCACCUUUGAAAAACACAUACUCUACAAAUACUCUGUUUUUAACUGAUUUCAUUUAAAAAUAGCAAACACAUACUCUACAGAGACUUUGUUUUUAACUGAUUUCAUUUAAAAAUAGCAAACGAUAAGCAGGAAAAACAAGUCUUACAAUGUUUUGAGACUCUUUUAAUUUGUAGUGUAAACCACAUAUUCUGUAAUUUCAGUCAUCGAACAUGUAACAAUGUAGGCUCACGUGACAAUGUGGAAAUGUAAUCCUGGAGAAAAAGGAAUGCAAUUUGCCAAUACUGAUGUUAAUUCUCAAGGCUAUAUAAUGUGACUCCAAUAUUAUAAUCAACAGUGUGAUCUUGUUUACUCCAGUACUUAAAGCAACACUUAGAAAUGUUUAUAAAUGACUGAUGGUUCUCUCUUAUCUUUAUACAGUUCUAGGGGAAAGAAAACUGAAAUUAACAAUUUAGACUGAGUCUUUCCUAAGAGAGAGUCUUAAUUAUGUGAUGAUAUUUCACUGCACUUAGUCCUUAAUGAAAUGAAUUUUUUAAAUACAAAACAAAUUCUGAGAAAAUUAUUUGUUCCCUUUAAAUAAUUUGUUAAUUUAUUAUUGUUGUUCGCAAAUGUAUUUUUGGAAUGUUAACCUCUUUUCAUACCUGCAUACUUGAACUUGUCUGUUGUGUGGGGGCCUUAAAAUUCACAAUAGGAAGCUAGGGCAGUGAAAGGGAGGGAGAGAAGAAAAUUAUGCCAAUAGUUGAUUUGCAAAUUUAAACUCUUUGAACGAACAUAUCUUAAAAUGUUGUUGAGACCCAGGAUGUCAAUUAAGAAUGUUUCUAGGCAAUCUUAAUUUGCAUGCUAGUAUAUUUUCUUAGUUAUACAAUUUUAUUUUAGUAUUUGCUAAAAAUAAAAACUAUGUAAUGCCACUAUAGAAAUGGCCCUAUAUGUUGAUAUUUAUACUACCUCUUCUCUAGAGAAGACAAGCUGUCUUUAAAGAGAAAAACACUUUUCAAUAAGUAGUGAUCAAAUUUACUACUAUUCCUACUAACCUUGCUGCAAAGCUAAAUACAUAAAUUGUUAAAAUAUACCUUCCUUUUAGAUUUUAAACUAAAUGCUCUUGUCACAAAUGCUCUUGUCACCCUUUCAUUUCUUCCAUGUUAGUGAAGUUUUCUUUGAAUUGGUUCACAGUUUAUCAGGAGGCAAGGUUAAUUAAAUAAAUCAUUCAUCAUAGGGAACAAAACAAACUGCAAGGGAAUUGUCUUUGUGUGCAACUUGUUAAAAUAUCUAGUUCUAAGUCUGAAAGAGAGUAGAUCUAGAGAGGAUGUUUAAGUGCAUCUGGUUUGAAAAUUCAAAUUUUGUUGAACCGUGACUUCUCCUAUGGAUACUUAGGCAUUUACUGGGUAAGGAUAUACAUUCUCUUGGAUGCCCAUGUUAUUGAAAAAAAAACUUCAUAAAAUCUUUCAAAUAAAUGGGAAUGUACCCCUUAUUUCUUUUCUAUUUCUGCCUUUGUCUUUCAUGACAAUGUUGCAUGUUCUUUUCUUUUUAAUUAUAUAAAACUCAUCUUUAAAUGACUAUAUGAAUGAAAACAUUAUAGGAAAUUAUAUAAUAAAAUUGUUGCGUUAGCUCCUCAUACCUUUGAAUACGGUUAACACUAUAACUGUUACUAAGUUACUUACUCAAGCUGGUGUUUGUAGGUCAGAGAACAGUCCUGCUCUUUUAAAAGGCAAUCGUGAUCAAACCAGUCAAUAUAAAAGCUGUCAGACAGAAAAGGAUAACAUUUUCGUUGUUAACUUUACAGUCAAGUUAGUUAAAAAUAGUAAAAUUGGCUUGUAUGGACAGACAGAGCUACAACAUUGAAAAAUUACUUUUUGAAGUUUUCUUCUUUUCUUAAAACAAACAUUCUCAAAUGAAAUUCAUUCUCUUAUAGCAACUAUAUCUACUUGUGGCUAAUUUAAUCCCAAAUGCUUCAUAUAAUUGAGGAACAUUAUGCGAAGGCUAGAAAAUAUCUCAUCAGAUAAUCUUGACUAAGGGCUGUAACUCCCACUUACCUAAAAAAAUGUAUAAAUAAGUGAAUAGCAAUGAGUUUGGGAGAGUCAUAGUUACAUAUGAAUCUUUCCUUUGUUUCUUUUGAUAUAUGUAAAAUGUUUGCGGAAAAUGGUAAAAAAUGUUUCUAGAAUUUAGAGUGGUUUGGGGAAUACACUGAUGCUUCCUCUUUGAAAAUUAUAAGGAGUUAAAAUGAGAACUAUCUAAGAACCAAAAGUGGCUGGCCUCUAGCUUUCCAACACUUUGUAAGUGUUCUUGUUUAUGUUUUGAACACUUAAAUUUCUCAACAAAUGGCUAUGUCUACAUUUAUGUAGGGGCCACUCGUCCUACUUGCAUGCCACUUUCACACAAUUUUAACUGAAAUCAGUGUGAAUUCUGUAUGCAUAAGGGAUAUAUUAAAGAUGCAGGAUCAUUAAUGCUAUAUUGUUGCAUACUGUUUUUCAUAUGCCUUACAAUAUUUUCUGGGAUGUUAUUAAAAUGAAAGCAUUUUAUUGCCAAAACAAAUCUAUGUUGUUCUACUCUGCAUUCGCAGUAGAAAAAUAAUGUAGCAAAAACAUAUAUUGUACAGUACAAAAUUAGAAAAGAUAUAUAUUUUGCCAAUAAUAUGAAAAUAGAUUGAGGAGAAAGAAGCACAUUUGUUAUAGCACAAACUUGCAACAAAUCCACUGUUAAAUUUGGCAGUUGUAUUUUUUAAAAUUAUAUAGAUUUAGUUAUAAGUUUUAUCAGAUUUAUUUCAUUUAUCAUCUUUCUAACUCGCUGCUUAAUACUUUUCCAGCAAUUUGCUUCAUAGCCUUGCAAUCUGUGGAUGUAAUUUAUUUUACUUUAUCCCCUUCCAUAAACUUAUUAAAUUUUAUUUUGUGAUAAGACUCAUACUAUAUUUACUGUUCUUAUUUCUUCUUCAAUCACAGUUACAAAAAGUAACACCAAAUGAGUUCAUAGGGCUACUAUGAAUUUUGGACAUAUUUGAAAUGUUAUAUAUUUUUCACAGCCUAAAGUCAGAACAAUAAAAAAUGUCCCAACAACAACAAAAAAGUAUUUAGGGAUUCUUCAAUGUGUUUUGUACUGAAUAUGAUUUUGAAACAUAAGUUAAAGCCAUUAGCUGUUUUUGUUGAAGGGGUGGCGGGAGGGAGAAAGAGAAACUUACGAAUGCUAAAAAUAAAAUGGGAAAUUGAUGAAAAAAGAUUUCCCUACUAUCCUGGGGGCUGUUGAUAUCCCAAGCUAUUGCUAUAUCUCCAGCUACAAAGUGGAAAAAAAUAAUCACCUUUGUCAAGUAAUUUUUUUCCUUUCUUUAAUUUUAAUUACUUAUUUUGAUAAUUUACCCCUUUUAUUUGUCUUCUAUAGGUAAAUGUGUAGCAUUCUACAAGGCAUGCUGGGUAAAAUAUACUAUGCAAAUGUGUACAGUGCUGCAUGUUUUGUUCUCCCUCUGCUUCAGUGGCUUUAAAGGGAAAAAAAAAAAUGUGUUGUUAUUUUUGUGAACCAAAACAUUUAACAAAGAAAAUGCAGAGUGCAUGCAUAUAGUAUCCUAAUUUCUAUGGAUUUGUUUUAUGGAAUUUCAAUGUGUACAAAUCAACUGCAUUAAUUUUUUCUUUUAUAUAAUAAAUGGAAAAA